AUGGCUGCUCAAAAAACCUCAAACAGUGUGAAUGAUGUGCUAGCCAGUCUGGAGAAUGUGAUACGCGCAGAUACAGAAGCAACCAUAGGAGAUCUGGACCUCCUGAACCGUAUCAACCUCCACGCAAAGGAGCGGUACCAGGCUAUGGCAAAUGCGGCUGAAGGGCUGCAGACUGAUAGCGAGUAUUUAGCCCAAAAAUACGCGGAUAUCGAAAAGUAUAAGAACCAGGUCGAUGUGCUUGAUGAGAGAGUCGGCGAUUUAGAAGCUGUUGUGAAAGAACUCGAGGAAUGGACGGGAGAGCUUGAAAUUAAGGUUAGGAGAUUGGCAAAGCGUUAG